AUGUGCGCAGCACUUGACAACAAUCUCUCCGGCGAACCAUUCGAUUCACUGCCGGCAGAACUAGAACAAUCGGCUUUUAAGGAAGUCAGGAGAAUAGAUGAAGCUGGAGAUGAAUGUAUGGAAGAGUCGAAGUCCACUUAUGAAAUGAAAAAUGAGCAGGCUGAUGUUAUACAAAAUAGUGAGGUUAGCUGCGCAGAAGCUCCGAAGAUGUCGCAGGUUUUAGCCGAACCAGCCCUAUGCAGUGCCGAUGUUGACACCCCGCGUGUCGAAGAAGUAAAAAGUGACAAGGAGCUGAUCGGAGAAGGAGAAACAAACAAACCAUCUGUAAUAUCGGAUGCGGAAACACACGACAAUAAGUUUUGUGGGGCAAAGAAAGCAUCGCUGCGCAGGAUAUUCAGAGAAAGUGCUCGUUGCCCAAAGAAAGGUAGCCUCUGCAAGAUUUUGCCGUGA